AUGAGUUCAGAAGAUGAGUUCCACACUGUGGAUGAUGACUUACACGAUUUCAUAGUAGAUGAGCCUGGCCAGUUUACCAAUGAUAAUGAAAUCAAUGAGCAUGAUGAAGGAGCCGAAGAAGCUGGAGAAAUUCAAUCUGGUGAUGAAAAUACCGAUAGUGAAGAUGAGAAACCUGAUAGAUUAAAAGAAUUUUCAACUGCUUUGAAACCAAAUGAAACAGCUAGACUGAAAAUUUUGAAAGCCCAUAUAUCUGUUCUUGUUUCAGCAUUAGGAGGUCCUGAUCAUACCUCGAAUAACAACCCUCCACCUUAUAAAUUGGGACAUGACGCGUUAGCAUGUCUUAAAGAUUUGAAAAGAUGGAUCAGAUCAGUUGAUGAUACAAAUCAAACUUUUGAUGUUGCCAUAGCAUGUGGAGAGACCGGUGUUGUGAUGAAUGAUUUGGUGGUAAUCUUGUGUCAAUGGGAUAACCAAUUGGCAGGUAAAUCAAAUUUACCUCCAAUAAGAAAUAAGAAAACUAUGGAGAGAAUAAUGUUAUCUAUUUUAGAAUUAUUAGUUUCUUUGACAUGGCCUCAAGAGUUAACUCCUGAAUCCACUGAAGAGCAAAAGCUUCAGUUGGCAAACUUAAGAAAAUUUCAAAUCAUUUAUAAGAAACAUAUCUUAACAUAUAAUAAGGGACAAACACUUAAAGCCGUCUUAAGAUUGAUUUUACCCAUAAUGAGUAAGGAAAAGGAAGAUAGAGAGAAAAAAGAUAAUCAGGUGUUAAAAUUGGCAUUGUUUUUCAUCAGAAAUAUCUUAUACAUUAAACCAAUUGGAUCAACUAUUUCCAUGAAAACUUCUAAAGAACUCACUAGUAUUGAUAAUAUGCCUUCAAAUGUUACCAUGGAAGAUAUUUCCCUUAAUAAUGUAUUGAGUGUUUUCAAGAAGAAUAAAGUUUUGACCUUUCUUUUGACAAUGUCAAGUUCAGUGGGAUCUGAAUUCAAUAAGAAUUUCUUCGGUCAAAUAGUUUUGGAAUGUAUUAAUUUGAUGGUGAAAAAUGUUAAAUUCCAAGAUAUAAUGAACCAAUCUAAAGCUUUCAACCGUCAAAAGAAGAACCUUCAAGAUUUACAAGAAAAUCAACGAUCUAUAAAUCAAGUGGAAUCCAUCAACUCAACCGUGGGUAUGCAAUUGAGUGAUUUGUUACAAGAAGAAAGUAGACGUAAGAAUGUUCAGAAUCAAAACUUAUCUACUAGACAUGGUAGAUUUGGUACAUUAUUAUCAAUCCAAGGAGAUGAACAGAAUUAUGUUAUCUCCGGUCAAGAAGCCUUAUUGAAUUCAAAUGUAACUAUGGAUAAGUUAGAUAGAUCCAAGAAAUGGCAAAAACCUCCACAAUUCAAAUACGAUUCGGAUAAAUUCAUCAGUGAUGAAAAACAGUAUUUAUCACCUUCGUCAACAUUAAUUUUCCAUAAUUUCAUAUGUGACUUCUUAGUAGGUGAAUGUUUCAAUAAUUUAAUAUCCAACGUUAGUAGUAUCUUAUCCAGUGCUGAUGAUAUGACCCACAUUAAUCCCUAUGAUAAUGCUACAUAUUUCUUAACCAUGUCAUGGUUCUUUAAUUAUAUGAGAAACCGUAAUGAAUAUUAUAAAGCUCAUCCACAAGAGUUUAACUCAUUAUCUGAGGAGGAGAAACUGUUAGCAGGUUUUCAAUUCAUCAAUGAUGGAUUAAGUCAAACCAACUUCAUCCUUAUCUUGAAUUAUUUCCGUUCAUCUUUUGAAAAGAAGAACUGGAGUGCAGUUCAUGUAGCUAUGACAUGUUUCCUUGAAUUAUUACUUAUUUCUCAUAGUUUAUUCAUUUCCAAUCCUUCAAUGGAAGACUUAGCUGAAGAUUCCCAAGAAUUAUUGGAUAAAGAACUAGGUGAAGGUAUUAUAAGGAAUUUGUUCACAUCUUAUGAUUUUUUAAAUGUUUUAGUUCAAGUUCCUCAAUCAGCAUCAAAACAUUCACCUUCUUAUUUGAGUAAAUGUAUUUAUUUGGUUCAUAUAUUAUUGAAAUCAUUUGAAUCUUUUACUAAAGAAAAUAUUACUUUAUAUAUUAAAAAACGUCGUAAGAAGUAUAAGAAAGACAAAAAGUCGUUAUAUAAUGAUAUUGAAUCUCGAAUGAACAGUAGAGUUGAAGAUUUAAUGGAUGAAAGUGAUGAAGAAGCUGACCAUGAAAGAGCAAAGUCAGAGAAAUUAGAAAGGGAAUUGGAUUUACAACGUACAGAAUUGAGAUUCUUCCAUACAUCCACAGUAAAUUCUUAUAUUGAUUAUUUAUCUGAAUAUGAAGAUUUGAGCCAUGAAGAGGUAAAACGUUGUUUGUCUUAUUUCCAUCGAUUAUUCGUGGUGAAGAAGGAUCAUAACGCUUUAUUCCGUCUUGAUUUUAUGAUAAUAUUACAAAAAUUGAGAGGUUAUUUACCUAAGAAAUCAAGUAUCAGAAACCAUGUUGAUGAUUUCAUCAUUUACUUUAUGAAGAAAUUCAAACCUGCUUUUGAGAGAUUUCCUAACCCUAUAGAAAUCUUAUUCCCCAGGUUUGAAGAACAAGCAGCUAAAUCUUUCUUGAAUGAAGGUAUAAUAGUAGCCAAAUCUAAUUCUAGUCAACCUCGUUUAGCUAAAGAUGUGGAAUUCAUAAGAGACUUUACUCUUGAUGAAAAAGUUAAAAUUUUAAUCACUGCUUUGAUUUAUCAAGAGAAGGAAUCUUUCCUUAAAUGGUUAAUCACUGCUUUGGAAAACUUCAUCAAGAUUCGUAUCCAACAUUUAAUUGAUGAUCCAACAUCUAUCACCAGUAAUGAUGAUAACAAUGUUCAUUGCCUUUUAACUCCAGAGUCAUAUGCUAGGUAUAUGAUAAAUAAUCAGUAUGUUAGGUGUUUAUUAUCAUUAGCAAGUUUUGAGUUACCAGAUAUUCUUGAAGAGAAAGUCGAAUUACCCAAAAACAUCCCAACUGGUAAAGUUGUUGAAUUACUUGAAUUGAUUAAAAAAUGGAUCAAAGAACAACCAGUUAGUUUUGAAGAUGGUAAAGAUCCUUUCUAUUUUAUGAGAUCAAAAGAAUAUGAUGAUUAUGGUUAUAAUGAUGAUAAUGUUUAUAACUUCAGUGAUGAAGAUAUCGCUUUUGAAACUCAAGGAACAGCUACUCAAUCUAAAUAUAUGGAAGAAUUAGAUAAUUUGGAUAAAAUGGAAGCAAGAAUUUCAUCUUCUAAUACUUUAGGUGUAGCUAGAAAGAAAACCAAAGAAAAGGAACCCACUAGAGAACGAUCCAAAGAAAAGGAAAGAAAGAAACGAUCAUCCAAACAUAGAGGUUCCAAGCAUAGAUCAUCUAGUCAACAUGAACCUGAAGGAUAUCAUGGACCUUCAAAAUCUAAUGAAUAUAUUCAUGAUUCUGAUGAAGAAUCGGAUGAUGAAAAAGAUCAACAGUUUUUUGCUAGGGAAGAAAAAUUACGUAAAUUGUUGUCAGAAAGUGGAGGUAUCAUUAAUACCAAACAAUUAGAAGAAUUCAAAAAAGUUUGGUCAAGUGUAUUGAACGAUCCAAAUCAAAAUGUUGAUGAAUCUGUUACUAGAGCUAUAGAACUGGCAAGUAAGAAUUUUAAAGCUUCUCAAGUUGAAGAAUCCCAAGAUUUAGGAUUAUCACAAUAUGCAGAAGAUUCUCAGUUAAGUCAACUGCAAUCCACCAUCCAAUUUACUCAAGCUUCACAAUUAGAUCAAUCUGACCAAUCUGAUCAAUCUGAUAGAGAAGAGUCUACAAGAUUAGAAUUCAGUUCAGACGAAGAAUCACAACCUGAAUCUGAUGAUGCUGUUGAUAAAGAAAACCAAAUACCUGUCAUCAAGAGAAUUCUAGAAGAUGAUGAUGAUGAUGAUACAUCUUUCAUCUCAAGAAGAAAAAGAUUAAGAUUAGAUGAUGAUGAUGAUGAUGAAUAA